GAGGGGACUGUUGACGUCACAUUUCCCGCCGGCGCGCUUUCCAUUCCCUGCUCGGCUGUGGGAGGGCGGGGGAGCGGGGCAGAGGAGAGUAACUAUAUAAGAAGCUGCUCUGUCUUGCUCACUUGCUGUGAGCUUGCUUGGGUAGUCAUGUCUGGCCGUGGAAAAGGCGGGAAGGGUCUUGGGAAAGGCGGCGCUAAGCGCCACCGUAAGGUGCUCCGCGACAACAUCCAGGGUAUCACCAAGCCCGCCAUCCGGCGUCUGGCUCGUCGCGGCGGUGUCAAGCGCAUCUCUGGCCUCAUCUACGAGGAGACCCGCGGGGUGCUCAAGGUCUUCCUGGAGAAUGUGAUCCGCGACGCCGUCACCUACACGGAGCAUGCUAAGCGCAAGACGGUCACGGCCAUGGACGUGGUCUACGCGCUCAAACGCCAGGGACCCCUCUCUCCCACCAGUGUCCAUAUUCGUUUUUUUUGUGUCGUAAUGGCUCGUACCAAGCAGACAGCUCGCAAGUCCACCGGCGGCAAGGCGCCGCGCAAGCAGCUGGCCACCAAGGCGGCCCGCAAGAGCGCGCCCGCCACCGGCGGCGUGAAGAAGCCGCAUCGUUACCGGCCCGGCACCGUGGCGCUGCGCGAGAUCCGGCGCUACCAGAAGUCCACCGAGCUGCUCAUCCGCAAGCUGCCAUUCCAGCGGCUGGUCCGCGAGAUAGCGCAGGACUUCAAGACCGACCUGCGCUUCCAGAGCUCGGCCGUGAUGGCGCUGCAGGAGGCGUGCGAGGCCUAUCUGGUGGGGCUCUUUGAGGACACUAAUCUGUGUGUGGCAAUAAUCAUGUCCGGACGUGGUAAAGGAGGAAAAGGCUUAGGAAAAGGGGGUGCUAAGCGUCACCGCAAAGUCCUGCGCGACAACAUCCAGGGUAUCACCAAACCCGCCAUUCGGCGUCUGGCUCGGCGCGGUGGUGUUAAGCGCAUUUCCGGUCUCAUCUAUGAGGAGACUCGAGGGGUGCUCAAGGUUUUCCUAGAAAAUGUGAUCCGUGACGCCGUCACCUAUACUGAACACGCUAAGCGCAAGACGGUUACUGCCAUGGACGUGGUCUACGCGCUCAAGCGACAGGGGCGCACCCUCUACGGCUUCGGGGGUUAAAAAUACAGUCAACUUUUCCGUUAUUUCCAAAAGGCCCUUUUCAGGGCCGCCCACGAAAUGACACAAAAAGCUGACCUGCAUUGUAAAAAAUUAAAGCUUUGUGGCUGCUGAGCGAAAACAAAUAGUUACAGUGCAGUUUGUACCUGUAAUUUUUACGACUACGCCACGCUAAGGUGAGAAAGUUUUUAAUUAAGUGCUUUGAAAUAACGUAAAUAACGCUCAAUAAAACGCGUUUUUCGUGGCAUUUGAAAGCGUUCUGAAAGGUAUCUAAGGCAAAACGCACUGCAUAGCGCUAUGUAAAUGAAGGCUCUUUGGGGACAACCUCUCAUUGGAGGGCACGCGAUAUGAAACGACCUGGUGAUACUAUGGAGUAAGAGAUUCCAGGGACGUUUUCCUAUUGGUCCAAACAACUAAGGAACGGGACGCAGAACUUUGCGUGUUUUUAACCCGAUGUAUGCCAGGAGCGAGAAGCAAAGGCGUAUUGUGUUUAGACGGAUUCCCGUGCUGCUGGGGCGACUCGCUGGUGGCUGGGCAAGAAGCCAGUCGUUCGUCCUCUGUGGGAGUCAGCCACUGCUGAGGACUAUCGGUCAGGUGUCGGGCAAGUGAAGCAUAGUUUUGCACAUCUCCACAAUUCCAACCUCACAAGGAAACAAUGACCACCAUAGCCAAGCAAAGCAUGCGCUGUGGAUGAUCGGAAUAGAAAUUGUGAUUUUUUUUUUUUUACAUUUUAGGACAUGGUUUAAUUUUUGUUUUUUUGAGCAGCCCAAUUAUACGAAUGAGUCUUAAGAAAGGCCAGAUCCUGGUAAACCACAUCUAAAAAUGCACUGCAUAGCUUUGCAUUGGGCUUUUUCAAAGUCACCCCGAAUACUAA